AUGCCGCCUUGUGUCUGGUUUCAGCGCAACCCACAUGCGCCUACUAUGCACUUCAAUUUUCGCUUCUUUGAAGUGACUGAUGAGGAUGGCGAGAAAGUGUGGUGGUUCGGCGGUGGCUGUGACCUCACACCCAGCUAUUUGUAUGAGGAAGACGCCCACCAUUUCCACGAACAAUUCAAGAUUGCUUGUGACCGCCAUGACCCCACCUACUAUCCACGCUUCAAGAAGUGGUGUGACGAGUACUUCUUUAUCAAACAUCGCGGUGAAUGUCGUGGAGUUGGCGGCAUCUUCUUCGAUGACAUGGAUGCUCCUUCAAAGGAGGCAAUUUUCGAAUUUGUUCAAGUAAGGCUUUCCCCGCUUACUAUCUCUGCGAAACCUGCCUCCACGCUUGCACAGCAGUGGCAGUUGCUUCGCCGUGGUCGAUACGUCGAGUUCAACCUGAUUUACGAUCGUGGCACCAAGUUCGGUCUACUGACCCCUGAUGCACGCAUCGAAAGCGUCUUCGUGUCUAUGCCGCUCUAUGCCGUAAGUAGUUUUCACUUAACCCCCCUCCUCCUCCCCCAUCAUUAUUAUCAUCAUCAGCAUCAAUCCCAUCCUUUUGUUUUUUCGUAG